GAGCAUAGCGCCUGCUCACUGCGCUCUCCACCAUGGCUACGGUGCUGUCCCGGGCGCUGAAGCUGCCGGGAAAGAAGAGCCCGGACCUUGGGGAGUACGAUCCCCUCACUCAGGCUGAUAGUGAUGAAAGUGAAGAUGACCUCGUACUCAACAUACAGAAAAAUGGGGGUGUCAAGAAUGGGAAGAGCCCCCCUGAGGAGGUGCAGGAUCCUGACUCCGAUGUGGAGGUUGGGAUGACAAAGCAGCGCACGUCAGAAAGCGCGCCCGAGGGUUAUCCUGCAGAGGCGGCUGGGAGUUUGGAGCAGAAGGCUGCUCCCUCCCUCAUGCCAUACCUGCGCACAGCGGUCUUUUUGCUCACUGUGGUGAUCUCAAUGAUUCUUGUUUUGGUGUGCGCAUUUCUCAUUCCCUGUCCCCCUAGAGAUUUGCAUAACACCUGGAACCGCAACCUAGGUCAGGGAACAGGUGGAGUGUUAUCCCCACUGGAGCUGUGUGAUGUGAACGGCGAUGGGCUUCCUGACAUCCUCAUCGUCUUCACAGCCUUGAUGAAUGCUAGUGUCAUGGGUGUCUCUAGGCCCUCUGUGACUGUGGUGGCCCUUUCUGGUAUGAACGGCAGCACCCUGUGGUCCAUCCAACUUCCAGAGGAGACUCGGAGUGUGCAGUGCAAAGGGCUGUCUCUGGGGUCACCAGCAGAGCCCACCUGCCUUGUGACAGGAACAUCUAAAUUCCUCAGCCUUCUCAGCGCUUCCACAGGCAAGACCAUCUGGACACUGAACUCCAUCCACCUUUCUGAUGGGAUCCUGGCUGCACCGGCUGCAAUUCUUCCAGAUGUAGAUGGAGAUGGUGUUAGGGAUAUUGUUGUUCUAGCUCUCAAGGAGACACAGCCUGAUGUGUUUUUCGUCUUGGUGUCAGGAAAGACCGGGACUGCUUUGGGUGGGCCUGUGAAGUACAACAUCAAUGGAGAAGGGAAAGUGAUUGGCCCUCAAGUCCAUAUCACCAGCCGGGGAGCCAUCUACAUCCUGUUUGGUUUUGGUAAUGUCCAAGCAGUUGCCCUGAGGGAUAUCUUUACCCAAGCCAGAAACCGGGACAGCUUUCCUGCAAUGCUGCAGCAGGAGGAGCCGGAGUGGGAAAAACGCAGAUCUGUAAACCUGUCAGAGCUCAUUGACAUUUACAGUGGGGGUGUUGAAUUCCUGCAGAUGAUGAAGACACCUGACACAAACUGCAGCAACCUGCUCAUCACCAGCAAAGAGGGCUUGAUCCUACUACAGGGACAGGACCUGGAGCCCCGUUGGACUUUGGACAUGCAGAAUAUCAGCAGCCAGCCUGUGCCGGGUUACUUCAGUGCUGAUCAAACUCUGGACUUCAUGCUGCAAGCACUGACUGGAGAUGGGAACAAAAAGGUGGUGGUGAUAGAUGGCAAAUCUGGCAUCCCUGUUUGGAACCAGGAACUCCCAUGGCAGAAGCAGCAACUUGAUGCACUAUCAGUCAUGACUUUGGACAAGAAAUCUGUUUUUCUCUUCUGGGCUGAUGAAGCACAGCCCGUGCUACAAAGCCUGCAACCUGGUCCCAGAUCUGAACGCCCAGGGCUGCACCAUCUUUAUCUCCUCCAUCCUGUUUUUCCUACAGUCCUUUUGGACCUCACCAAUGUAACAGACAAAGUCAUUGCUUCAGCAAUUGGAAUUAAUGAUCUCCAGAAGGAUGCAUUUCACAUCACUGUGACAACAACUGCAACCUCUGAAAAACAGCCAGGAUUUCUCUCAGUCAGCAAGCUGGGCCUGAAGUGGGCCAUGAUGACUCAAGGUCGAAUGGUGUGGCUAAAGGAUUCCACCACUCCCAAAAUCAGCCGUGGAGAAGUGAGGCGAUUUCUUGCCCGGCUAAAAUUUGUUGACUUUCCUCACAAGGUGAGAUUGUGCACGAAUCUCUGAUGAAAUCCAGGUUGUUGAGGACGUCUGAUCUCUUUUGUACAGACACAUUUAGGUGCUCUUUAUGGGGCGGGUUGCAAAUUGACUGCAAGAUGACCACCUGCCCCUUUGGGCAUAAGCUGGCCAGAGUAUGAGGCCAAGCUUUACUUUUGACAGUUGGACAAGGAGAGGGAUCUUAAAAAGAACCAGGGAUGGUAAUCAUAAGGGACUGAGGGACUCACAGAGGGAAUGGAGAAAUAGAACAGAGAUUCCUUGUUUUGACAUGGGCACACAUCAGUCCUCUCUUUAGUGGUGCCCAGGUUCAGUUGCUGUCCCAUGAAUUACCAGUUCUCUCUACCAGACUGGAUGAUAAUGGAUUUUGGCUUUGUUUUUGUUUCCCUUUCCUUUUCCAGCUCUAGCGUAGUGGUUCCUCAGAUUUUGGCUGGACCUAUGGCCUGCAUGGGGAAUAGAGGAAGCUGCUCUGUGGAUCUUCAGGAAAAGAUGCUGUGUAGAGGGAAUGGGGGCUAAAAGCACUUCGCCUUUCUUCAGCUCUCUGGGGAAUGCUGCUGGAGGCAGGUUUGUCCCAGGCAAACCUGUCCUGUACCAGAGGAACCUUGUUCAGCGUCUCCCCCUCCAUAUGCUGUUCUUGCAUGCUUCCUUCCAGGUAACAUGGAAAUGUGAAUUUAGAGCUUAUAUACAUACAUAUAUAUACAACUAGGUUAUAUAUAUAUGGAAAACUGUUGUUUUCCAGUUAUAUAUAUGUGUAUGUAUCAAUUUAUACAAUACAUGUAUAUUUUUUGUAUGUUUAAUUUAUCAACAGAUUUAGGACACUCCUUUUUAUGUCCAAACAGUAUUCCCAGGCAGACAAACAAGCUCUAGGCCUAAGGUGGGCUAUGAUGACUCAAGGCAAGUGGUGUGGGUAAAGGACGCAUCUAUUUUAAUGUUUAUAUUUUUAGAAAGAAGCCUCCGUCUGGCUCCUGCAGGGCAAGUCUUGUCUACAGCCUUUCCUGUGCUCUCAGUCCUCUUCUCCAUUCUGUUGCCAACCUCGCAAACAAACUAGCUCUUUUACUGAAUUAUCUGAUCUAGAGAAAGAUGGCUGCAAUAGCAUUUCCCAGCCUUUGCACUUGUGUAUUUCUUUUCCGAGUCCCAAGUUCAAAACAAGUUCAUGUGGGUGACGUAGAAGCAAAAGGUUCAUAUGUCAUUUCUACCUCCUGUUCAUCCAUCCUUAAGCUUUUUAUGAACCUGAAGUGUCACUGUAAUGCCAUACUGCAGUCCAGUGGGCUGAGUCCCCCCUUGAAAAGCAUUGCAGCCCUUUUGGGAUAGACUCUCAGCAGAUCCCUGCUGGUACUGUAAAGAUCACAAUAGAUCCAGUUGCAGAGAAGCUGAUUCUCACACCACUGCUUCAGGUUUUAGAGGCUUAGACAGAGAAGCAGAGAUGGAAAGCUUUUUUGUGCACUUGACCCCUAUUCUGGGCUCAGCUUGACCGUUCUCCUGCCAGCCCAGCUCUGUGUGCAGUUCUAGAAGGAGCAGACUGUCCCCAGGGCACGUUUGCUCUCUGUACAUUUAGUGCUUUGAACUGUGCCUGUGAGUGUUCCAUCAGUCUCCUGCGUUGUAGUUGAAGAGCAUCUACAUGAAGCUUCCUGCAACAGAAAUGACCAUAUAUAAAUUGGCCACUUUGGUGCCCCAGUAGCUCCCAACAAUGUGGGACAACAGCAUGUUGCCUGUUUCCUAAAUAUGCCUUUCUAGGCCUGACCUUUGACAUUAGGCAGAGCCAGCCUGAGGUGAGAACUGCAAAUGGCUCUUCUGUCCUCCUGCUGGCAUGUAACCAUUCCUGCCUCCCCACACUUUCCUCUGAGUGGUGCGGUGAUGGCAGGACUUUGAUCCUCCCUCCACAUGGGCACUGCUACCAUGGGUUUACUCUCCUGUGCUCUUGACACCUCUUCUUGUGAUGUCACCCUCUCUUCUCCCUCGCUGCAUCUCUGUGCAAAGCUUCCAGGAUAGCUCUUCAGGAUUAGCUGCAAACCCCAGGGCUGGUCCUUGGGCCCUUCUCUCCUAAUGUCAGACCCUGAGAACAGUUUAUAUAUGUUUAAUGGUAUUUUUGUGUAAAUAGCUUUGUAUAUAUUAGCACAACUGUAGCAACAGCUCUAGGCCUGGCGUUUUCCUCCAGACAGAGGUUAGUAUUUAUAAUAUUCAGUUAGUUAAUACAGAUGCAUAAUAGGGACUAAAAGCGUGAGGAUCAGUAACAUAAGAAGAUUAAACAGGAGUGCACCUUUCCUCCUGUCUAGCCACCACCUUGCUGGGAAAGGUGAGGCAUCUGUUACCUGUAGUUAUUCUCCUGAGGUUCUUCCUGAGAGAACUGAUAUUUGAGUGCAGUGACACUAGCUCCUCCAUAAUGUGAAUUCACCCCACCCGCACACACACGUCCCCACUGUGAAUAAAGAGUCUGUCUGUAUAUUGUUGGGAAAAUGUAUUUGAACUGUGAACUGCAGUGGAGCAAAUAAAUACUGUGUACAGCA